AGGACCUGAAGACAUGGGUAUGCCAGCGGUGUCCUUUUCCCAGGAGUGGCCAAGCCCAUGACCUGCCUCCUGUGUGCCAAAGUGUCUCUGGCUGAGCUGGCAUGGCCCUUCCCGGGCGUUGCCGCAGCGACGCCGGCGCACCCUCCUUCUCCCGGGUCAGAGUGCUCCCUGUGCGCCUGGCAGCGGUUGCGCCUUCCCUUCCUCCUCCUCCUCCUCCUCGCCAUCCUCACGUAUGAUUAUAAUGGUGCAGCCGCCACUGCCGGGGCCGGUUGGUCCUGCUUGGCAGAGAGGGGCGCGGCCGCCUGCCCCGUUUCGCCCAUGCAGCCCAUCCCAUGCCCUUGCCUUCUGGCGGGCAACCAAGGCGGGCAAGGGGCAGGGCAAGAAGGGGCAAGCCGCCGGGGUGCCGUGUUGCCGCAUUCGCGCGCCAGGCCCAGGUUGGCACCGCAAAGGCCCGCUCGGGAGACACGGAGGAGGGUGAGGCCAUGGGGAGCCCAGAGGAUGACCUGAUUGGCAUCCCCUUUCCGGACCACAGCAGCGAGCUCCUGGGCCGCCUGAAUGACCAGCGCCGCCGCGGCCUCCUGUGCGACGUGACACUCCGGGCUCAAGGAUCCGAGUUCCGCACCCACCGGGCCGUCCUAGCAGCUUGCAGCCGCUACUUCCAGCGCCUCUUUGCCGGGCCGGGCCUCGUGGGUGGGGUCUGCGAGCUGGACUUUGUGGGGGCCGAAGCCCUGAGGGCCUUGCUGGACUUUGCGUACACAGCCACCUUGACCAUCAGUGCCGGGAGUCUCGGCGAAGUCUUGCAUGCCGCCCGUGUUUUGGAGAUCCCGUGUGUCAUCACGGCCUGUGUCGAGAUCCUCCAAGGAAAUGGCUUGGAAGCUCCCGUCCCUGAUGAUGCUGCUCGAGAACGUGCCCGGCGAUACUUGGAAGCUUUUUCCACCUUUCCCGGCGCUGAAGGGGAUUUAGCCGAGCCCCCUGCUUGUUUGCCGGCCCCUCGGCGGAGCAAGAAGACCCGCAAGUUCCUCCAAACGAAAGGGUCCCGCAUCAACAAUCAUAUCUUGGAGUUGUCGCCGUCACCGUCACCUUCCUCGACGGAACGGCCCAGUCCGCCCAACCAGGCGUCUCCGGCGCCGGGUCAACCACAUGAGGAUGACGAGAGGGAAGCCCUUGUCAUUGCGCCGUCGCCGUGCCCCUUCCCGUACCCGUUCCCCUUGCGGCUCUCACCGGAGGAGCUGCCCUCGGACGACGAGGAGCCCCUCGACCCGGAUGUCCUGCCCCGCUUCCUGCGCAACCUCAACCCCGAGGGGGGUCGUGUCGUUGUGGCCGCCGCCGGCUUGGAGUCGCCAGACAAGUUGGUGCGGAAGCGGCGCUCACAGAUGCCACAGGAGUGCCCUGUCUGCCACAAGGUCAUCCACGGGGCAGGGAAGCUGCCUCGCCACAUGCGCACCCACACCGGGGAGAAGCCCUUCGCCUGCGAGGUCUGCGGGGUCCGGUUCACACGGAACGACAAGCUGAAGAUCCACAUGCGCAAGCACACGGGGGAGCGGCCCUACUCCUGCCCGCACUGCCCGGCCCGCUUCCUGCACAGCUACGACCUGAAGAACCACCUUCACCUGCACACGGGGGCCCGGCCCUUCGAGUGCGGCCUGUGCCACAAGGCCUUCGCCAAGGACGACCACCUCCAGCGGCACCUCAAGGGCCAGAACUGCCUGGAGGUUCGGACCCGGAGGAGGAGGAGGGGGGAGGCCCCCUCCCCCACCCACGGCCCUGCUCCUCCAGCCAACGCCCCCAACGCCCCACUUGACCACCCUGGCUUGACCAAUGGAGGGGCCGAACAGGAGGAGGAGGAGCAGGACCAGGGGCCGCUCGCCCUGGCCCGUGGCUACUGGGAUCAGGGUCGCCUCGAGGAGGACGACGAUGACGACGAAGAGGAAGAGGGAGAGCCGAGAGAGGACAGAGCACUUGCCCUGGAAAGGGCCUAGGAGUGACCCUCAAAAGUGACCCUCGCUUGGCCUCAAAGUUACCCUUGAUAGGCCUCGGAGUGACCCCUCAGAGUGACCCUUGGUAGGCCUCAGAGUGACCCCUCAAGUAACCCUCACUGGGCUUCAAAGUGACCCUUGAGUGGCCUGGGAGUGACCCCUCAAGUGACUCUCGCUUGGUCUCAAGUGACCCUCACUAGGCCUUGAGUGACCCUUGGCAGGCCUUGGAGUGACCCUUCAAAGUGACCCCCUCUGAGCCUCAGAGUGACCCCUCAAGUGACCCUCAUUUGGCCCCAAGGUGACCCCUCAAUGACCCUUGUUAGGCCUUGAAUGACCCUUGGUAGGCUUAGAGUGACCCUCGCUUGGCCUCAAGUGACUCUUGUUUGGUCUCAAGUGGCCCUCACUAGGCCUUGAUUGACCCUUGAUAGGCCUCAGAGAGACCCUUCAAAGUGACCCUUGAUAGGCCUCAGAAUGACCUCAAUGACCCUUGCUAGGCCUCGAGUGACCGUGGGUAGGGCUCAGAGUGACCUCUUAGAGUGACCCUUGAUAGGCCUUGGUGUGAUCCCUCAAGUGACCCUCACUUGGCCUCGAGUGACCUUUGCUAGGCCUUGAGUGACCCUCGCUAGACCUCAGAGUGACCUUCACCAGGCUUUGGAGUGACCCCUCAAGUAAUCCUCACUGGGCUUCAAAGUGACCCUUGAGAGGUCUGGGAGUGACCUCUCAAGUGACCCUCACUUGGCCUCGAGUGACCUUUGCUAGGCCUCGGAGUGACCCACUGGGCUUCAAAGUGACCCUUGAGAAGCCUGGGAGUGAGCCCUCAAGUGACCCUCGCUAGGCCUCGAGUGACUCUCGCUAGGCCUUGAGUGACCCUUGAUAGGCCUCAGAAUGACCUCUCAAUGACCCUUGCUAGGCCUUGAGUGACCCUUGGUAGAGCUCGGAGUGACCGCUUAGAGCGACCCUUGAGAGGCCUUGGAGUGAUCCCUCAAGUGACCCUCACUUGGCCUCGAGUGACCUUUGCUAGGCCUCAGAGUGACCCUCACUAGGCCUCAGAGUGACCCCUCAAGUAACCCUCACUGGGCUUCAAAGUGACCCUUGAGAGACCUGGGUGUGAGCUCUCAAGUGACCCUCGCUAGGCCUUGAGUGAGCCUUGAUAGGCCUCAGAUUGACCCUUCAAAAUGACCCCUACUAGGUCUUGAAGUGACCCUUGAGAGGCCUCAGAAUGACCCCUCAAUGACCCUUACUAGGCCUUGAAUGACCCUUGGAAGGCCUCAAAAUGACCCUUGAUAGGCCUCGGAGUGACCCCUCAAGUGACCCUCGCUUGGCAUCGAGUGACCUUUGUUAGGCCUUGAGUGACCCUCACUUGGCCUCAAAGUGACUCUUGAUAGGUCUCAGAGUGACCCCUCAAGUGACCCCCACUAGGCCCCAGAGUGACCCCCUGAAUGACCUUCGCUAGACUUCGAGUGUCCCUUGACCUGGUCACUCUUUGCAGGGACGUUGCCCCCGGUGAACUAUGUCUCCCAUUGGCCUUCCUCCUUCCCUCUCGAUGGGUGAACCUCGUCCUUUGGUGGCCCCUGGGUGUCAUUUGGGGAGGGGUCUUCUGCUGCAAACCAAAGCCAGCGCCGUGCAAGGAGGCCUUGACUUCCGCUCAGGACAUGAUUGCGAGCCAAGCAGGACGCUUUCCUUCCCAAUGAGGAAGGCCACCGUGGAAACGAAUCACAAUCAGGAUGAUCAACAUGUAAAGCUUUAAAAGGACUGUCAAGACUGUUGGGUGAGCCGAGUUUGGGGGGCUCAGGCUUGCAGACCCUUGCAAUAGGAUUGCAGAAGUUGCGCAAGGAGAAAUUGGGGUUAUUUUAAAUAGUGCGUUGCUGCCCCCUGCUGGAGACGGCAUUGCCUUCUGCAAAGGCACACUUAUAUACAUACACUCUGUGUACACACACACAUGCAUAUAUAUAUACAUAUGCAAAGGAUGAAUGGAUGUACACACACACACACACAUAUAUAUAUGCACACACAUGUAUAUACAUAUGCAAAAGACAAAUGAAUGUACACACACAUAUAUAUGCAUAUCUAUAUAUAUACGUACAUCCAUUUACCCUUUGCGUGUAUAUAU